AGGUACCGACCACCUCGCAAUUUCACCUCUGCCUCAAAAUCCGAGGCACAAUAAAAAAAAAAAGAAAAAAUGAACUCCAUGUCUCAGUUUGGGUGUGCAAGUUUUAUGCUCGGAGAGCUGAGAUAAUCGAAGUAGCGAUCCGAGUAGUCUGCAACCCCCAUGAGCAUCCGAGGUUUCUGAACUGUGACCACCCUCGUCCUCCUCCCCUUCCCAAUGGACGCCCUCACCCUCAACUGCGUUGGCUUCUCCCACCUCUGCUGCCCAUCCCCAUUCUUCUCCAAACCCACCCCCGCCUCCUCCUCCUCCUCCUCCGCCUCGCAGACACUCUCCAAGCCUUUCUUGCCUCUCCUCGAACCCAACAAGAAGCCUGCCAUCACCACCGCGUGCCGGGCCAGCAAAUGGGCUGACCGCCUCCUCGGCGACUUCCACUUCCUCCCCACCGCCACCAAGCCCUCGCGGCCCUCCUCUCCCAACCCCGCCGUCCUCUCCCUCCUCCCCCCCGCCACCGCUGACCGCACCGUCGCGCUCCCCCUCGACUUCUACAAGGUGCUCGGGGCUGAGAGCCACUUCCUCGGCGACGGCAUCCGGCGAGCCUUCGAGGCUAGGGUUUCCAAGCCCCCGCAGUAUGGCUUCAGCACAGAGACCCUCAUCGCUCGUCGCCAGAUCCUCCAGGCCGCCUGCGACACCCUCUCCAACCCCACCUCCCGUGGCGACUACAAUCUUGGCCUUGACGACGAUCCCAACUCCACGCCCACCACUCACGUCCCCUGGGAUAAGAUCCCCGGCGCGCUGUGUUUGUUGCAGGAGGCUGGGGAGACGGAGGUGGUCCUUCGAGUGGGUACAAGCCUUCUGCUCGAGCGCCUGUCCAAGUCUUUCAAGCAGGACGUGGUGCUGGCCAUGGCGCUAGCGUAUGUGGACCUCUCUAGGGAUGCCAUGGCUUUGAGACCGCCGGAUUUCAUCGGGUGUUGCGAGGUCCUCGAGAGGGCCUUGAAGCUCCUGCAGGAGGAAGGAGCAAGCAACCUUGCAUCAGACCUGCAGGCACAGAUUGAUGAAACAUUAGAAGAAAUUACCCCUUGUUGUGUUCUGGAACUCCUGGCAUUGCCUCUUGAUGGCAAGCACCAAAUACAACGGGAGGAAGGUCUUCAUGGUGUGCGCAACAUAUUGUGGACUGUUGGUAGGGGUGGUGCUGCUGUGAUUGGAGGUGGAUUUACUCGUGAAGACUUCAUGAAUGAAUCAUUUCUACGCAUGACUGCAGCUGAGCAGGUACAAUUGUUUUAUGCAACUCCAAAUAAUAUAAGACCAGAGAGUUCUGAAGUCUAUGGUGUGGCACUUGCUUUGGUUGCCCAGGCGUUUGUGGGGAAGGAACCUCAACUUGUCAAGAAAGCAGAUGAUCUUUUUCUACAACUUCAGCAGACAAAGGCUGCUCUGUUACGUUCUGUUUCUGAGUACACUACAAAGGCUGACCAUGAGAUAGACUUUGCACUUGAGAGAGGGCUUUGUUCACUGCUUUUGGGAGAUCUUGAUGCAUGCCGCAUGUGGUUAGGCAUAGAUAGCGAGACCUCGCCAUACAGAAAUCCAGCAAUUGUAGAAUUCAUUGCGGAUAAUUCUAGCAUUGACAAGGAUAACGAUCUUCUUCCAGGGCUUUGCAAAAUGUUAGAGGCUUGGCUAAUGGAAGUGGUUUUUCCCAGGUUUAGAAAUACUCAAGAUAUACAGUUCAAGCUUGGAGACUACUAUGAUGACUCCACAGUCCUUAGGUAUCUGGAAAGGAUGGAAGGUGGUGGUAGUUCACCUUUAGCUGCAGCAGCUGCCAUAGCAAACAUUGGGGCUGAGGCUACGGCUGCACUUGGUAACGCUAAGUCAAGUGCACUUCAGGCAUUGCGGAAAGUGUUUCCACUGGUCAACAAAUUAGAAAGAUCGAGCAAAGAGGAAGUUAAUGAUUCACAUGAUUCUGUUACUGAGAUACAAACAAACGAGUCAGGGGUAAAGAUUAAUCAAGUUAGUUCAGGUUUUGAGGCUGAGGCUUCUGGAAAUCUUAAUUCUGAAGAGUUAAAUGAGCAAGAUUUAAUGUAUGAUAUAAAAAAUGCUAGUGUCAAGAUAAUGUGUGCUGGCGUUGUGGUUGGACUAGUAACUCUAGCUGGGCUCAAGCAUUUACCUGGAAAAAAUGUGUUGCCUGUUGCUAAGAAAGAGACAGGUUCAGCAAUGGCUGCUAAUGUCGUCAAUUUAGGUUCAGAUGUCCCUAUGGUUGAGAACUUGGGAGAAGAAGCACCUAAGAUGGAUGCAAGGCUUGCGGAAACUCUAGUUCACAAGUGGCAAAAUGUGAAAUCCCAAGCUUUGGGACCGGAUCAUUGUCUCAUAAAACUGCCAGAGGUAUUGGAUGGCCGAAUGCUAAAGCUAUGGACUGAUCGAGCUGCAGAGAUUGCGCAGCAUGGUUGGUUCUGGCAGUACACCCUAUUAGGUGUGACUGUUGAUAGUGUGAUUGUUUCUUUGGAUGGCUAUCGAGCAACAGUGGAGGCAACAAUUCAGGAAGCAGCCCAACUGACGGACGGUGCUCACCCAGAGCACAACGAUUCCUACAGCACUACCUACACCACCAGGUAUGAGAUGGCUUAUUCCAAGUCCGGCUGGAAGAUAACAGAGGGAGCAGUCCUGAAAUCAUAGACGACACUUUCCUCUCUGAUUGAUGUAAAUAAUAACGUAUGUUCCAUCGGAGCAUCAUUUCUGAUUUUUGCUCCAGAAUUUCUUGGAGUUUGGGGGCCUGCAAUCAUCCAUCAUUUUUGAAUUUUUUAAGAACAUUUAUCAUGCAGUGUAGAUAAAAAAAUUACCGACUUUUAGCUCUGCUCAGAGGUGAUAAUAAGCCUCUGAUUUAGAUUGAUUUAAUGGUUACGAAGGUUUCAAUAAUUGC